CCGGAGGUUGAGGCGCUGACGUCGGUGAGAGCUGAGCUGCCUCCGAGAGACAGCCCCGCGUAGGUCCGCCAGAGAGCGCCAGUCGGUUCUUGGACCUUGUGGUGUUUAAACGUGUUCUUAAUCUGGAGCCAAGUUCACCGAUGAAGGUCCCCUUGGCAGUUGCCGCCUUACUGGCGGUCAUAACUCACGGCCACGAGAUAGAAAAACGCCAAACCAGCGAUGACUCCAAGAAAGUAGUCUGUUAUUACACAAACUGGUCAGUGUAUCGUAAAGGAUUGGCCAAGUAUACACCGCAGAACAUAAACCCUUACCUGUGCACUCAUCUCGUCUACGCCUUCGGAGGCCUUACCGACGACUUCGAAGUGGGACCUUUCGAUUCUUACCAGGAUAUUGAACAAGGCGGCUACGCAAAAUUCAACGGCCUGAAACAGUAUAACAAAGGCCUGAAGACCCUCCUGGCCAUCGGAGGCUGGAACGAGGGAUCAGGACGCUUCAGCGAGUUGGUGUCCCUCCCGGAGUACAGGAAGACCUUCAUCAUAUCGGCCAUCAGGCACCUCAGGAGGUACAACUUCGACGGCCUCGACCUCGACUGGGAGUACCCAGCUUCCAGGGAUGGAUCCGCGCCCGAGGACAAGGAGAAUUACGCUUUGCUGGUUACGGAACUCCGUGAAGCCUUUGAGGAAGAAGGACGCAAGGUGAGCAAAGGACGUCUCCUGCUCACCAUGGCUGUCCCAGCAGGUCAGAACUACAUCGACAAAGGCUACGACAUUCCUUCUCUCACCAGAGACCUGGAUUUCUUCAAUAUCCUGAACUACGACUACCACAGUGCAUACGAACCUACAAUCAACCAUCAUGCUGCCCUCAUGCCCCCACCUGGCUCGUCUGAGUACGAGUGGAAUGCACAGUUGAAUGUGGACUGGACGGUCAAGUACUACAUCAAGUUGGGAGCCGACAAGCACAAGCUGGUCAUCGGAAUCCCGACCUAUGGAAGGUCUUACUCUCUCCUCGACGGCAACUUCACCGACUUCGGAGCAUCUGCCGACGGCCCUGGAGAGCAGGGGAAAUACACAAGGGAAAAUGGUUUCAUGGCUUUCUACGAAGUAUGCGAGAACAUAGCUUCAAACGGUUGGGAAGUCAAGAAACCGUAUCCAAGACGCAUUGGACCAUACGCCUUCAGUGGAAACCAGUGGGUCGGUUACGACGACGAGAAGAUUGUAGCCAGGAAGGCCGAAUACGUCAGAGAGCACGACCUGGGCGGUAUUAUGUACUGGAGUUUGGACAACGACGACUUCAGGGGCAUUUGCAACGGAGAGGAAUACCCGCUGGUCGAGGCUGGAAAGAAAGCGCUUUUCGCUGGACUCGAUUCGUCCAUCAACGAAGCCAGGAAUCUACAACAACAACAGACAUCAACUCCCACUUCCUCUUCUUCUUCAAGUAGCGGCAAUACAGACAAUGUGGACUCAAGGACUUCCCCUAGAGGUAGCUCAAGAACCCGCGGUUCGACUAGCUCGAAUACCAGAACACAAGACGCGUUUAGCACAAGAAACCGAGAAAGCAGCCGAACGAGAACCCAGCUGCCCCCUCAGAGGAGGAAUAACGAAGUCUUAUCAAGGGCCAGAGAAGACUUCUCGGAAUCCUCUCGCGUUGUCGAUCAAGAAUCAAGUAGGCAGACUCCCUCUCAACCAAGUCGCUCCGGUUCCCGGGGAGGAACGAGUUUCAGGGACCGCGUGUCACCUUCAAGCGGUGGGGAUGCCACUACUACCCAAAAUCAGCAGAACAGGUUCAUAGAAAGCACUAGACGCCCAGUUGGACUGUCAUCUCGCUUCAAGAAUCGCAGGCCAUCUCAAGACAGGGCCGCCACUACUACAACUACAACUACAACUACUACGACAACCACGCCGAGGACUACACAAAGGACAACACCUCCCAGCAGACGCCAGGGCGGUCGCAGACGUCCAGGAAAUCAACGUCAGCAGCAACAGUCAGCCACGAUCAACCCCCUGAAUACUCCUCCCCCACCAACCACACCUAGCCCAGUAUCCAACUUUGCCUGCAAACGAGAGGGAUUCUACCCCAACCCUGACAAUUGCCACAAGUACUACUGGUGUCUCGAUUCAGGAGCUUCUGGUUUGGGAAUCGUGGCCCACGCUUUCACUUGUCCCUCAGGCCUCGUCUUCAGCAAGACCAUCGACGGCUGUGACCACCCGACCCGAACCAAGUGCAGCACCGAAGACAAAAAGAGCCGAGGUGGAGGAGCCAAGCACACCACUCCAGGACCCUCUACGCCUAUUCCAACUACUACUGAAAUCUCCACCGACUAUUCCUACUACGACGACUACUACUACUACGACUACGACACACCCGAGGCUGAGUCACCUGCUCCUGAAGAGGACUCGAACUCUGUCAACAGGGGGUCCAAAUCACAGAAUUCUGGUGGCAAUCAAUUCGUGAGUCUUAGCGAAGCAGAAUUAUCACAGACUCCCGAUAUUGUUGAAGAAUCUAGUUCUGGCAAUGUUGGUGGAAGGAAUCGUCCACAGUAUUCAUCUAUUUCAAGGGACAGGAGCAGAGCACCAGCACAGGAAUCCCCCAUAGAAGAAGCAGCAGCACCUCGGCAGCGACAGCAACAGGAGCGGGAACCAUCAAGGUCAUUCUCACGGCCCGAGUACACAUCAAUCCAGCGUCAGCGUCCUGCCACACAAGCUCCCUUUGUCGAAGAAGAGGACCCUGAAGCAGCAGCUAGACAGAGCCCAGGCGGUGAUAGAGUGUACGUCACCAUCGAGAGACAACGGCCAUCCACGCCAGUUCGAGAACCAGCAUUCCCACUCGCCACGACGGAACCAACUCUCGAGUAUGUCACCAUUAGUCGUGUCAGACCAACGGCAACUCCUUCCUCAGUUUUCUCUUCUGAUAGUAGAUCUAGGGAAUCUGCACUUCAAGGUUUAGAUGAUAGACGAACCACUCCAAGGUAUGUGACACUACAACGAAAUCGCCCGAGCACUACAGAGGAAACUGUGGCAUUCACUGAAGAAACAAGUCCAAUCACCACAGAAUCUCCCGUAAGUCUCCCCAUUUUGAGCUAUCGGCCCAAUCUCGUAGAGCCUGUAACAACUACUACUACUACACCCUCCUCUCCGGUGGAUUUUGAGGAAAACCUUUUGCAUGAUGUAAAGUCUGAUAAUACAGGUUUUGUUUCAUCCUUCUCUUCACCUUCAUCCCUUGGUGCUGCGACCCCAGGUGCAUUAGCUGAACAUUUCCAUGAGGAUAUUGCUGUAAAUGCCUUGGGCCAUGAAAGCUCUGGAUUAACCAAAACCAGUGAUGUGCAUAAAGUCAGUCCACUCCCUCAGUUGAGACCAGUACCUUUAUUCAAUGAUUUUCCUGAGAUUCAUCAUGAUAUUCCUUCGGUGCCUGAUGAUCAUUUGGAGUCUAAAGCUUUCAGGGGAAAUGGAACAAUUACUGAGAUCGAUUUAAAUCAUCCAACUAAUGUAUUGCUGCAAAAUGUACAAGAGCGAGGUGGAUCACCUGAUAUCUCUACUAAAGAUGAUUUUAGACCUGGCUUUAACCUUAAGGUUGAUGCUAAUAAAAUUGAAGUACCCGUAAUACCCAAGGCAAUUAAUCAAGAGACUGGAGUUUUUACUGGAAGAGAACAACUGCCUGCAUCUAACUCAAUUAAACAUUCUAAUUCACGUGGAAGAGGUGUGAGGCCUGAUACUUCAAAACUGAGCACCCUGUCAAGUGUUCAACAUUCUGACAACCAAUUUUCUUCAGGUACCAAUGCAGUUGAUGAGAAUGAGCCUAUAAAAACUGAUACUUUACCUCUACGUGGAAUUGGAAGGCAAGAAAAUAGGGUACAAGUUCUCUCUAGAAUCAGUGCUUCACAACUAGGAGUAAAUGCAAAUGAAGGCAAUGAUGGUAUCUCUGAUGCACUUGAUAGUCAAUUACAUGUAAUAAAUUCUACAUUUGAUUCUCAUUCAACAUCAUUUGAUGGCAUUUCAACAACAGAAACAAAGGAUUUUUCUCAAGACAAUAUAUCCCCUUUGUAUAAUAAAGAAGAACCAAGUAAUAUAUCCAUUAUCAACAAUUACAGUACAACAUCAGAUUCACAUAUUGCAGUUAGCAGCACUGAGUCACCAGUAAAUGGUACAAUAUUAACACAGCUCAGAGCCACAGCAAGGUCUCGUGUUGCUUUACAGAGGGAUAACACAUUAGAUGCACCACUUGUUGAAAACACAGAAGCACAAGUUCUUAGCCUGAACAAUAGUCAGUCAUCAGUAAUUCAGUCAACUGAAGACAGACUUAUUUCUUCACCAGGGACUUUCUUGAAACAAACUGAUGUAUCACCUAAUUUAGCAUCACGGCGCAGAACAAGAGUAAAAAUUGCUAGUGCAUCCCAAAGGCAAACAACAUUACAAUCAUCAGUUUUUCAGAACACAGCACAUCAGGGGGAGAACACAUCAGAAUUGUCACUUAAUGAAAAUGCAAAUAACUUUAGCACAAUCUCAGUCAACAAUCUUCAAUCACAGACAACUCAACAAACUGCAGAAAUAGUAACUUUACAUCAAGGGGAGACCAAAUCACAAUUGUCACUUGAUGAAAAUGAAGAACACUUUAGUACAAGUUCAGACAACAAUCUCCAAUCCCAGACAAAUCAACCAACUGCAGAAACAGUAACUUUACAUCAGGGGGAGACCACAUCACAAUUGUCACUGGAUGAAAAGGCAGAACGCUUCAGCACAAUUUCUCUCAACAAUCUUCAAUCACAGACAAUUCAACCAGCUGCAGAAAUAGUAACUUUACAUCUGGGGGAGACCACAUCACAAUUGUCACCUGAUGAAAAUGAAGAACACCUUAGCACAAGUCUAGUCAACAGUCGUCAAUCACAGACAACUCAACCAAUGACAGAAACAGUAACUUUACAGGAUAAUUUUCCCAUAACAAAGGAUCUCCGAACACAUGCUGACAUUUCAUCUAGGACAGAUUCAAUUACCGAUGCUAUCAAUAUACCUAAGCUAAAAACAACAGAACAUCACAGUGACACAUUUCAAGUAGCUACUGAAGGCAGCAUAGUAACACAGCAUUCAUUAACACCAAGUGACAAGAAAACAAAAAAGAUUGUUAUCUUACCAUUUGAAGACGUAAACCCUGAAUCUUCCCUUCCAUCUGAUAAUCAUGAUUUAGCUCCUUUACUGGAUCAGCCUUCCUUGCAAGAAUUUCAUAGACCACAAAAGCUCCCUGCCCAACAAGAAAAUGUAACUGAAAAUUUGACUUUACAUGGAAUUCAGCCAAUAAAUAAAAUAGAUAAUGAUGCCUUAAAGACAGACUUUAUGCAUGGUACUGAAUUGACACCUGGAAUGUCUGCACAUAUUGUAAUCCCUCUAGAUUUUCCUUUAGCAUCAUCUGGGGCAACUAAGUUUGGACAUGAGGAUUCAAAUUUUUCUAUUCAUUCUCAGCAAAGCAUUGAUCCUUCAUCCUCAAAUGAUGAUCUGCCUGGGACUUCUCAUUUAACGGUGUUUGGUUCUGAAGGAAAUCUUGACUCUAAAAUAGGUGUACUGCAUGAUGAAGCCUCUGAUUUAUUAGAAAAUGAUAUUCCUAUAGUGCAUGGUAAAGGACAAAAUGGAACAUUCAGCAGGCCUGGAGACAUUGGAGCUACGAUGGUUUUGGUGCAUGAUGAGUCUCCUGUUGUGCAUACGAACGACUCCGGAUCCAGCCUGCAUGAUCCCCUUUUUCCCCAGGCUGGUGUAGGUGCAGGCACACAUGGUCAUCCCAUCAACAGUGAGGAUUAUCACCUCGAUUCCAUUGGUGAUGCAGAUUCUACCCUCUCUGGUUCCCUUACCUCUUCUCAUAUAACCCAACAAAAUACAACCACUACUACUACCACUACCACAGCUACAACCAGAACACCAAUUCCUGCAUCUACCACUACACCUGUUCCCAAAACUACUACCACACAGGAGUCCAUUAACAUUACAUCCAGACCCCAGAGGAUUCGAUCACGUAUAAGGGGUCAUCCAAUCACUUUCUCCAGAGGAGCUGGUUUGAAGGUGUCUGAGAAUAAUGAAACUCUUGAUGAUCUCUCCUCAAAGCAGUCCAGUCACUCUCUAUUAGAUCAGUCUUUAAAAGCUGAUGAUAAAGAAGUUUUGAGAGAUGCACAUGAAAAAAAGGAGCAUCAAGAUAGUUCUGAUAAUUCUAGACACUUGGUCAAUCCCUCCCAGGAUAACACAACCCCUAUCCCUAUACGAAGAGUAGUGGUAAGGAAGAGGGGUGGAACCAGGAAAAAGUCAGAACAAACUGAACAGACCACCACUGGACUUGUGAGAAUCAGAACACCUACCUCUAGUUCGCCAAGACCUACAAUUCCUUCAGCCUUUAGACGUCCACGCCCUACACGCCCUGUUAGUGAUGACAUCACUGCACAGCCAGAAGCAGAUAGCUCCUCACUUCGUCUUCAGCCUGAUAACCGACGUCCUCGUCCACAGCUUGAAUCCCGCCCUCGUCCACAGCUUGAAUCCCGCCCUCGCCUUCAACAACCUCAGACACCUGAAGUACAAGAUGAAGAAAACCCAAGCGUAGAGCCUGAUUCACGUAUUUCUAAGCCUCUGAUAGUACCCCGCCCUAGACCUACCACUGUUCUGCCUCCUGUAGCUAUUGAAGAAGAAACUGUAUUGCCAACAGAGGAUGAAAUUUUCAUUGACACAACCAUCACUCCUGAAACCACAGAGAAAGUUAGUAUCAAACCUUUCACACCAAGGCCUCGCCCAAUCUCUCCAACUCGGUCUGACCUUUCAACGACCACACCAAGACCCCGUCCUACCACCCCUCAACCAGAAGAACGCACAUCAAAACCACGUCCUUCCCCUCGACCCCGUCCACCCAUUACCACUCCUCGACCCACCACAACCCGCCCACCUGCAAGAAGCCCUCGUCCAUCCCGACCUCCUGUGGUCACAAGACCUUCUCCUCAAGCUCCUCAAAGCCCCGUACCUUCCUCGAUCCUUAGUAAUGAUUAUUACGACUAUUAUUACGAGGAUCUGGAUGGUGCUCUUACUGGAACGCUUGGUCAGCUGGCAACUCUUAGUGAUAAGGCUGUUCUGAUGGCCGACGGGACAGUCACUUGCUAUGACACUGGGUACUUUGCUCAUCCAGAUUCGUGUAAGAAGUUUAUUUCCUGUUCCAAGACUGUAAGAGGUCUCGUGCGCGGAUGGGUUUACACAUGUCCCGAGCAGUUAGUCUUCGAUCCAGUCGGGGGUAUGUGUAACUGGGCCGAAGCAGUUGACUGUGCCGGCGGCACCGAAUAGUAUAGAUAGGAUGUUGUUUAUUUAGGAGAUAAGGUGAAGUUGCUGAGUUACAGAGUUAUCAGUCAUGCUAAAAGAAAUCAAGAUCGACAAACAAGAAUGGAUGCCACACAAUAUUCAUAUCCUGUUUAGUACUAACUGUGUAAAUCUGCUAAACAGAUAACUCAGGCAAUGAAGAGAGAAGGAAAGAUAGCUAUGAUGAGAAUAAUUACGGAUUAGAAAAUAAAAUUUUUGGACAUUUUUCCUUCCAAAGGAAAGGUGAAAUAAAAGGUCCUUCUUCUUUUGGUCAGACUUCUCUAAAGAUGAACGCACACAAACACGCACACACACACAC